AUGUAUGCCCUGAGCCCAAAAAUGGCAGACAGACUUGAUGUGUUUGUCUGCAAGAUACACAUAAAGCAGAAAGUAUCCGAGGAUCAGGAAGAGGACAUCAAAGUGCUGACAUCCACUGAGUUUGACAUCCACUGGAAGUUACCAGUUGCCCCCCCUAUGGACUUAUACAAUCUUAGUAGUUAUUCUGGUGGUCCAGCAAGCCUAAGAUCUGCUCCACAAUGGAGUUCACACCCAUUGCCAGGAGAUGAACUGCAGAGGCAUGGUGGCAACCAUUUUCAGUCACAACCAAACCAGCAGUAUUACAAGCAAGAGCCAUACCUACAGAAUCAACCUAGGUUUCAAUCCAACAUUGGUGGUCAGCAGGAAUACUUCCAAUCUCAAACAGCAAGGGAGAUGGCUGUACCAGGCCAAUACCAAGCAAAUCCACCACCAUUUCUACCCAACUUUGGCAACCAAAGGUUGCAACUAGGCAAUUUCCAAUCUCAGACACUGCCUGGUGAGUCAGCAGGACCAAAUAUAACCUAUCAUCAACAAGUAGAAUCCCAGCAUAGCAGACUACCUCAGGAGCCAGUCACUGACCACCACCUGGAGGAACAAGGUGGUGACCACAUUCAAACAAGGAGGAAAUCAGGCCAUGACUUCCAACCUUUACCACCACAGCAGGACCCUGUGGCUACUGAGGAUCAAGACCAAGGUGUUACUGACCCUCAGGCCAUCAAAACAAUGGGAAACGAAGCUCUUAACCAGGCCCAUGGGGAUAAUCAGUUAGAAAGUUUACCUACGGCAGUGACACAUGAGAUUGCUGGGGUUCUAACACAGAUUCCCACUAAUACAAGCAGCAUGCAUAUUACAUUCAAUGUUCAGCAGAAUUACCACAAUUACUCAGAAAAGGAAUCGAUGCCAAGCAUGAAAGAGAAAGAUGUGACAGCGUCAUUUCAUAAACAUGUCCCUACAAGUGUGAAAAAACGACUGAAUGAGACAUUUUCUCAAGAUGAUGUAUGGAACCAAGUAAAGAAGAUGUAUGGCAUUUCAGAUGAAACCCCAUGUCCUCCCGAUGUUGUGUCUUCUUUGUUGUCACAAGUUGAUGGUUCCAUUGCAUCUUUCAUCAGUGUGUUGUUAAAGUUAAAAGAACGCCACAGAGAAGGGCAGCAAGACAUUCCACAAGACUUGAUUAAUGAAGUCAAGGUAAUUGAUAAUAUGGUCUAA